UCGAGUCCGCGCAGCGCACCGGGGACCAAUAAUGAGACAGAACAGUCAGUCCAUCAAACACAGACCCUCACGUACCACUGAAAGGGAAUUUGGAGGGACCCUUGGUGCUACAUGUAUCCCCAUCUUUCUUCCCCUGACUGUGCUGUACCUGAGCUGUGUGAGUCGAUCUCCUGCGGCCAGUGUUCUUCAGUGGCCCCCUCCCUUACCCUUCACCGACCAGCUAUGGGACCCUCUGGCCCUCGUAGUCCUGCUCGGCUGGAUCGCUCUGCACAGCUUCCUCUACCUGCUACCAUUAGGAAAGGUGUCUGAAGGAUUAGUGCUGAGGGAUGGAACACGGCUCAAGUAUCCUAUAAACGGUUUUCAUGCCCUGUGCAUCACAGCCAUGUUACUGAUGGCCUUACUGUGUCUGGGGGCUCCUCUGGGGUACCUGUUUGAGCUUAUGUUGCCUCUGGCAGCAAGCGCAAUUGGAGUGUCGUUCCUUCUCUCUUUCUACCUUUACAUUCGGUCCUUCUGGGCCCCUCACCAUGCACUUGCCCUCGGGGGUAACACAGGAAAUCCCCUGUAUGAUUUCUUUAUGGGACGAGAGCUAAACCCUCGGAUUGGAAACUUUGACCUUAAAUAUUUCUGUGAGCUAAGACCAGGUCUGAUUGGUUGGGUUGUCAUUAACUUUGGGAUGCUGAUGAAAGAGGUGGAGCUAAGGGAUGCCCCCUCACUUGCCAUGAUAUUGAUCAACAGCUUCCAGCUGCUCUAUGUGGCAGAUGCUCUGUGGAAUGAGGAAGCUGUUCUUACUACCAUGGACAUUGUACAUGAUGGCUUUGGCUUUAUGUUGGUCUUUGGGGACCUUGCUUGGGUUCCCUUCACUUACAGCCUUCAGGCUGCUUUUUUGGUCGUGCACCCUCAGUCUUUAAGUCUGCUCAGAGCCACAGCUAUAGUCAUACUGAAUGGUAUUGGGUAUUAUAUUUUUAGGAGGUCCAACUCACAGAAGAAUCAGUUCAGACGGGACCCUACACAUCCAAGUGUUUCAAACUUGGAAACAAUCGCCACAGCAACAGGAAAGCGUCUGUUAGUGUCUGGCUGGUGGGGCCUAGUUCGCCAUCCUAAUUACCUCGGUGACCUUCUCAUGGCACUGGCAUGGUCUCUGCCAUGUGGGUUCUCUCAUCUUCUGCCUUAUUUCUAUGUUGUGUAUUUCACUGUCUUGCUGAUUCAUCGAGAGGCUCGUGAUGAGAGGCAAUGUAGGACCAAGUAUGGACUGGCGUGGGACACCUACUGUCGACGCGUGCCCUACAGGAUCUUCCCGUACAUAUACUGAGUGAGAGAUCAACAGGGCUCAGUCCGAACAAACGUGUCUGAGCAGAUUCAGGACCAUAAAACUGAUGACAGUGUGACUUUGUGAGGCAUCACAAACACAGCAGUCUGCAGGGACCUCGGGACGUAAUUUAGUCUUGAUGAGCAGGGCUACAAUUCAGUCAUAGGAAGAUUGUUGACCCAUCAUAAAAAAAAAAUGUUUCGCUCAUAACCAUACAAAACUAUUUUUUCCAUUGCUGAAAGCGUAUUCCCCCCUGAAAUUGCAUCAAAUAUAGUUUCCUAUGAAAUGGAAGGAACAUGGUGGACGGUUGGCGCUCAGAGAGACAGACGCACAGGCCCUGAGAUGAUGGGUUGAAAUCAAAUGACAACAAUAACGUCCCUGCUGUCCAGCUGAAAAUGUACUGUUUUGUGGUCUCUAGGCCAACCUCAGCCGCCAAGAGAUGCGUCUGAUCCCUGUUGGCCAUCUGUGCUUCGUCAUCGGAUUGGUUUAAUCACAAGGUCUCAAACUGCGGUGUGCCCGCACCGGCUUAAGUUGAACUUGCAUUUGCUGAGUCCAUGACGGCCCGGUCCAGAAACCAUGAUGCAGCCACACUAUACUUAUGUGAAACUCGCGUUAGAUAGGAAGAGAUGAGAACAAACAAAAUGUCACAGGGACGCAUUUCAAAAUGGCGCUGCGCAAGGAUCAAACAAUACUUGAAUUUUGUUGUCGAGCUUCUGAGAGGCAUAGAUGUAUUUCCAUAGCACCCUAGGUGUCGCUUAGUAUGUUGUGAGGAGGUUGUGCUGUCAUUUUUCCAGGGUUAAAGUAAACUUCACGUCGGGAAGGUUCUCAUGCAAGCUUCGUUCUUUAAUUGAUUCUUGUGUAGAGUUCAUUCUUUGACAUUUUCAACGAGCUUACCAACCAGUUCUCAUGCUCUUUUGAUCGAUUUCGGCUGAUGUUCACGUUCUGUAUUUUUCGAGAGCCAUUUAUAACCCGCUUACAGGCUUCUGGCCUCGCCUUUGUAUAGGCCUAGCCUUUGCUUAUUAUUUGUUAUUGUGUCAUGUUCAUUUAAUGAAGGGUUUACCUCCUGCUUUCACACAUCUAUUACGAACAUUUGUAUAUUUCCUGUGAGGGAAAAUGUUUCUUUCAAAUAGCCUUAAAACGAAUUUGAUAAAAAUGGUGAAUUAAAAAUUAUAUUCUGUACAUGUUGCUUCAAGCCUCCAUUGUGGAUAUUCCAGCAUCCCGACAGGGGCCUUGAAUCGAGGCCAGUUGUUUUCCUCCCUUAAUUUGUACUGCCAUGUGGGUGCUGGUGGCAAAUCACUAAGAGAACACCCUCUGGAUAGUUAAUGUAAGUGAUACGUCUGUGUUGAGUGCAUUCAUGAGAAAAUGAUUGUACACUUUCAUACUGACUGAUAUCCACUUU